UUAAUUUGUAAACUUAAUGCGGGAAAAAGUAAAAUUCAACCUCUGCCAUAAUUAAUAAUUAAGAAAGUGGGUAGAUUUCGAUGGUCAAGUAGCCUGUCCUGUGUUAUGCCCACAAAGUCAACGUAUCUUGUUGAUAAUGAAAAAUGAAGGGUGUCGAUAGCUUUCCAGCUGAUCGUGAAGGGAUGACACACAAACCAAUCAUAACAUGUGCUGGCGAUUGGAACUUAUUUUGCACAUUAGAGGCACCAUUAGUGGCUGCAAUUCCUCAAGAUUCCUGUGAAUGGAGAAGGUCUUAUGGCCGUGUCACAAAGUCAGUAUACUUGGAAGCAUCCUUCACAAAGUAUAAUAAAGACAAAGUGCAAUCUGAAUUAAAUCUCUUGAAGCGUCCAAUAUUUCAUAUAUUCUGGACAGACUGUGUGGACAUUGAUUACUAUAAGACAACAUUAAGAGAAGAGGUGGAAACAUGGCUCAAACAGAUGGAAAAGAAUGGUGUCACAGAUUGGAUGGUAGUGCUAGUGGAGACUUAUGAUAUAAGAAAAGCCAACAAGUUAUUACCAAGAACAACAGUUCUGGAUAAAAUUAAAGCAGACUUUGCAGUGAAGCAUCAAGAGGAUAGAUUUAUCUCUGUUAUAAAUCCUAUCAAGUCGGAAGCACGUAGUGCAGAUUCAUGGAGGUCGUUGGUAGCAAAAAUACGAAACUUUGUUCUAGUUGCUUAUAACAAAGCAUUGAUUAAGUUUGAAGAGCAUAUGAGAGAACAGAGAGAGAAACGUAAUGAUCCAGAAUGGGAUUUCUGUUCAUAUUUUAUUUUACAGGAACAACUAGCAUUUGUGCUAGAAAUGCUUGGUUUAUAUGAAGAAGCUCUAGUCCAAUAUGAUGAGUUAGAUGCGCUUUUUUCGCAAUUUGUACUCAAUUCAAAUGUAGCAGAGAGUCCAAAGUGGCUUGAUACAUUUAGACAACCAAUUACAUCAUGGCAGGCUGUUAGGUUAACUGCUUUAAUACCACAGCAUUUAAGAGAACUUAUAAUAAAGAAGAAAGCUUCCUUGUUGGACUUCAGAAGUUAUUUGUAUCAGCGACAAAGUGCCAUGUUAUUGUUAAUGUAUAAACCUUGGGAGAUAGCAUCGCGUUGUUUAAGCACAGUGCACAACACAUUAGUGGAGCUAUCUCUGUUGGGCGCGAGUGCAGUAGAUGGCGCUGCGGCGUGCUGGGCGCAGCUCGCGUGUGCGGAGACGUGGCGCGCGUGCGACCGCCUCGCCGCCUCCGCCGCGACUAACCCCGCCCCCAACGUGCACGGGAACGCCCUCGAGUUGUGUACGGCCACACAAGCACCAUUGUUACACAAUGCUAAAGAUAAGUUACACGAACUAGGCAAGCUGUGCGGUCUGCUACCUGGUUCUCCUGACCCCACGUCUGAGCAGUUACACUUGGUGGUGAUGCUGUCAGCUGGUAUGGGAGACAGCGAGCCUAACAAUGCUCAGCCCACCCCCACUGACAGGCUGAAAGAGGCUCUGUGCAGCAAGACCAGCUUCCAGCAAUAUUAUCUCGAGUUAGCUGAACUAGCUAUGGGCACAUAUAAACAUAUCGGAAGAUUGAGAUUUGCGCGACAAAUUGGUCGUGACCUAGCCUCGUUCUACUCUGAGUUGGGCGAGACAGGUAAAGCUGUGCUGUUCCUAACGGACGCGCUACGCUCUUACGAGGAGGAAGGCUGGAUGGACCUCGCGGCACAAACGCGACUAGAACUAGUCGCCGCCGCGAAGAAAAUGAAUGAUGUAGAUAGAUAUACAAAGCUCUCUGCAAGAAUAGCAAGUACCAUUGAGUUGGAGAUUCUAGUCAGAAAUUUCUAUUUCGAAGAAAUGAUGAAAUCUAUUCGGGAGGGUCUUUCAGAGAAAUCCGAGCCUGUGCUUACCGAGCUUAAUGAUUGCUUCAAAGUCGUCUCAGCGACGAUACUGCCGUCCGAACGUGGUGUUUACAUCACUGAUAAUAAGGUCCAAUGUCGUUUGACCAUCGAAAGCUAUCUACCUAAAACAGUAAUGUGUACUCGAGCCGCAAUCAGUACUGAAAUAUCCAAACAAGACAAACAGACAGGAAGACGGACGCCGGUUAAAAGUUAUAAGACUGAUUUAAGUGUAAAUGGUAGUUUAGGUACUCAGAGUUAUUCCCCAAAGAAGUCUACAGGGGAUGCUUCCGUCGAAAAUGACAAUAGUUAUUUAUUAACAAGUAUAAGACUGGACGAUUUAAAACCUAAGAAUCCUUUACUCAGCCCUUUAAACUUUACAUCGAAAUUACACUACAAGGAAGAUAAAAGUCUACAAAAAACUACCGUCGAAUGUCAGAAUCCUAAGUUAACAUUAAAACGUUCCGAAAGUACUAAAUAUAGAAAACCUUCAGUUACUGUCAGAAAUAAUUAUGAAAAUGCAUUCAGUACUUGCAAUAUACAAUUAUCACCAGGAACUAAUGAACUAUGCUUAGAAUAUGUCGCAAAGAAAUGUGGUAUUUUUAAACUUGGUCAGAUUUCUUUAUUAGUGGAAGAGAAAUUAGAAUUUCUAUCGAAUGCAUUGAUUACAACUAAAAUGGGAUACGAAGUGGUCACUCAGGGGAUAAGUGUAGUUUUAAAUAAAGUGGAACCAAAGAAGGAUUUAGUGGCCGGAUUGGAACAUGACAUGGAACUUGUUGUUACAAGUGGAAGUUCUCCAAUUUUAGAGGAUGCUACAAUCCACAUGAAGACAUCCACCGGUCUACUGCUGCGGUUCUGUGGUCAGCUGUCACCGAUGUGUCGCGAGCUGGAUGUAGCGAUACCGGCGUGCGAUGCGUUCGUCACCACGCGUGUGCCGCUCAGACUGUUCGCCAGUCUGCAGCCUCGCCGGGAGAAGACCGUCGAGCAUACUGUUUGGUUAAGCUGUCCAUGGUGGGAAGCUGUGAUGGAAGUGCCAUUACACUUCUCGCCGCCUAUGAUAGCAUCAUGGCGACUGCUCACCUCGAACACCAGGAAAUUCGUCCACGUGACUGUCAAAUCCACCGUCGCACAUCUCAUACAGUUCCAACUGAUCGACCCAAAGCUGGAGUGCGACAGUAAUACUACGCUCUCUGAUUUAAAUCCAAAGGAUGCGGGGAAUAUGGUGGUAGCUUCAGACGGUACAACAGCUUCGUUUAUGUGGGAAUUACUAAAAGAUCCAUUAGUGAAAGCUGGGCCGAUGAAAGCUACAUUCAGAGUUCAGUACCGUCUCACUGAAGUUGAGGGAUCUCUCAAGACAUUUGUAUGUCCCUUUGACAUACAAGAUUACACCACGCUCUUUGUUAUACGAACUAAGUUGGAACCUGGCAAAGGAUCUGAGUUCUGUCGCGCCUCUCAAGUCUACUGCUUACAGCUUAGUGUUCAAAGAGUCAAUGAAACUGAACACACGUCACUUAUGUAUGAAGUAUUAGCAGAUCAAACUAUGUGGGCUGUAUUAGGUCGUACUGCAGGAGUGAUAUCAAUGGAGGCUGCGUCAGGACCGCAGCAGGUGUCACUGGACGUGAUGCCGCUGGUGGCUGGCUACCUGCCGCUGCCCACUGUGCGACUCUCCAAGUACAUAGCUGCCAAUACCAAAGAUCCAAAGAAAGACAUUUCAGCACAUCCUCGCCUGGAACCGUUCAGUCCAGGACAGGUGUACCACGCGGGCAAGGCCACUCAGGUACAUGUGCUGCCUCCUGCACCCAAGGACCACGACACCGCCUCCUGAGGGCUCUUCACCAAGUCAGGAAGAUCAACCUAGCUUAAGUGAGGAAGUUCAGCUCUACCAGAAUCCUGCAUUGUUUCAACCAAAUAAGUGUAACUACCGCAUUCAGAAUCGCAAGUAGGUGUGAAAAUUUUCGUACUCAAUAUUCACUAAGGAGGACUUAAUUUCUCUGAGUGCGGCAAUAAUUAAUCAAAAAUAAUGAAAAAAACAUUCACAAUAAGUGACAAAAUAUAUUAAGAGCU